GGGUUAUCGUCAAUCAAAGAUAUUGUAUGUAUGAUGUUAGUAAAAGAAGGGACCGGAAUGCUUAUUGUUAUUGGAAUAAUUUCUGUGACUAUUUUACUAAUAAUUUUCAUCCUUGGAGUGUUUCUUUGUUCAUUUUACCGCAAGUACAGAAAUGGCGAGCAAACGUUGGAGGUAAAUUCAGAGCUGUCAGUUGA